UUUUUAUCAGAUAAUAACAUAAACUUACGAAGAAAGUUUUCACAUUCGCAAAUAGUUUCGAGAAGUCAAAAGGAAAAGAAAGGAAAAAAAGAAGAACUAUCGAAUUUUCUAAACUACUUGUAAUUAAUACUCGUCUGUAAUUAAUGCUAAGUGUAAUUUUAAUUCUAAGAAUUUCAAUUUAUCGAUUAACAAUGAUAAACAAUAAAGUAAACAUUUAAUUUUAGAAACAAAACUUUUGCAAACAAAAAGAAUAUCAGUAGAAUAUCUACAUUAUAUAACAUGUAUUUUUCUUUUUGGAAUAAUUAUCCAUUAUUAUACACAAUAAUAUAUAUACAAGUCAUUUUCUUAUCAAACUGUAUUACCUUACCUAUUACAUAUUAUACAUCAUUAACAUAGUUUGACAUUAAAGCUAUUUAAACUAUUCAAACUUGUUACCCUAUAAUUAGAUAGAAAUAGAAUAUCCCAACGGAGUAACACGUUCACGUGAAUACCAUAAGCAAUUACACUAUAUUAUCAAAUGAAAACGUCCAUUAGAUACUAAACAUCAAUCACGACACUCCUACUGGGUACUCGAAAUUGAAUCUCCCUGGAGUCGAUUAAACGUUCGCAUAGUUUUCAUAGUAUUCGGAAACGAUAUUCCGUGAUACGUAGUAGUAUAGCCGGACAAUUCGUAUUAUGCAAAUCGUAUAACGAUCGGUAGUUGGCACGGCUCUUUGUCGUCGUAUGAAAAUUGCUGAUCGGAUCGAUGAAAGGAAGAACUGGAGGAGAAGAUAGAGAAGGAGGAAAAGAAGAACAAAGUUAAAAAGGAAGACAAAAAAUAAAAAAACAAAAAAAAAACAAAAACAAGAAAAGAAAGAAGAAGAAGGAGAAGAAGAAGAAGACGAGUAAUCCGAAGUAAGUUAUAUUACGAAUAUUCUCGAUUUCCUCAUAGUUGACACUAGUUUGACAGUUACGAAACACGGCCUCUAAUCGCAAUGCCAAAGUUAAAUAGGUCGCUUGUGAUGUCGAUUAUUAGUGACGUUAGAGAGGUAAACCGCGUUGCCGAGGAGAUACGUUCGAGUUGUCUGGCCGAUUUCAUCGAGCAUAACUCAUGGAAAUUUCCUACGAAACUCGCAAAAAAUGUAUGCCUUAUGGAAAUACUUGAAAAGCACGAUGGCUCAGCCGGGGAAUUGUACAUUCUUCUCUUGGAACUGGUUUACGACAGGUUGCUUGUAUUUUUCGACUUUCACGAAUCCUAUCGGCCUUCGUCCAUCACCACCUGACGCUUCCAUUUUCACAACUUUAUGUCAAAAACACCAGCGAUAACGCUUCGACCAUCGUUAGAUCCGUUUCUUUUGACAGUUUUACGACGCAUGUAUUAUGCACGUGUGAACGCGUACAUCUAUAAUGUAUAUAUAUAUAUAUAUAUAUAUAUAUAUAUAUAUAUAUAUAUAUAUAUAUAUAUUAUAUAAUAUUAUAUACAAGUUAUAUACAAGUUAUUCUCGCAUUGAUCGUUAUCGAAUAUCUAUCUAAAUUUUCAUUUUAAUUCAGUGAUAUCGUUUAAAUGAUAUUGAUUAUUAAAUACAUGUUUUAAAAAAAACAUUAAAAAUUCUUUUUAAUAAAAUGACACAUGUUACUUAUUGGAAUCUUGAAUUUAUUGUUAUUCAAAUUAUAAGAUUUCAAUAAUCCAUUUAAUUCUCAAAAUAACUAUCUCUAAAAAUAGUUACAGAGAAAAGAGCUUGUAACAUUUUAUUUAACCCAUCCUGAGAACAUAGGUAUAUAAGUGUACACACACACACACACACAUUCUUAAGUCUACUUCCCUGCUUACUAACUGCAACAGGGUGGAACAUUCGCCGAUAUUCGAUAACCGAUACUCGAUACAUAUUUCGUGAUGUGUGCGUACAUAUAAUGUGUAUAUAUAUAUAGGUGUGUGUGUGUGUGUGUGUCUGUAUGAGUGACCCAGCCGUAUCACUUUAUUCUACUUAUCGUAUACUAGACUGCACCAAGCUGUAUAUAUUAAAAAGUUGUGGUCCAGGCAGGAUGUUAUUGCCGGAGUAACUUUACGAAGACCGUAAGAACGUUCGUCGCGUAUUAAAUCAUAAUAUUUAAAAUAAAUAAUAUUACCUUCUCAAUGUCGUGUUAACAAAUCCGUGUAACAAAUCUUUUUUACAUAUAUAUAAUUUCAUAAUUACAUACAUAUAUAUAAUUUCACGCCAAGUCUAUAUAGAAAAUAUGGAUAUAAUACGUUCGAUGUUCUCGUUUAUUUCAUCGCAGGAUCCACUUCGUUCUACGUCUUAUCCUGGAUUUCAUAGACGAGUAUCCUUUCGUAGAAGAAAAAGAUGAGGAGAUCUCGAAAGAAACGGUGAACGUGAAAAGGCCGAAUUACGUGUCACUCGCACACAUCGUGCAUCUCCUUUGGAAUCGUUUGAAGAUCAUACCGGAAUAUCUUUCGAGAAGAAACUCGGUAAAAAAAAAAAAAAAAAUAAAAAAAAAAUAAAAAGCCAAAACCAGAAAAAAAAAA